AUGCCGGUGCAGGUUCCGAAAAAGCUGGAAGACAUCCAAACGGCCCCGUUCGAUCCGCGGUUCCCCAACACCAAUCAGACGCGCUACUGUUACCAGAGUUACGUGGACUUUUAUCGUUGCCAGAAGGUCCGUGGGGAGGAUUACCAGCCGUGCCAGUACUUCUCCAAGGUGUUUCAUUCCAUUUGCCCGAACGCGUGGAUCGAGAAAUGGGACAACCAGCGCGAAGAGGGCAUCUUCCCCGGAAGGAUUUAA